AUGAGCUAUCUCCGGAACCUGCGCAACGGCGACGAGGUCUACCUCGUCGGCACCGCCCACAUCUCGAGAAAGUCCGCGGACGAGGUUCGCAACGUCAUAAGGAGUGUUCGGCCCGACACCGUCUUCCUGGAGCUGUGCGAUGCCAGGGCUGCGGCCAUGCGGCGGAGCAUGUCGGGCAAAUCCGACGAAGGGGGGAUUCCAGAGCCCCUGCGACAGCUCCUCAGCGCCCUAGGCGCGCCCGGUGACCUCGGCGAGAAGAUGCUCGGCGCCGGGCUCAAGACGGUGUACAACAUGUUCCGAAUGAGCGGCAUGGACCCGGGGAAGGAGUUCAAGGUCGGCAUCGAGGAGUCCGAUCGCAUCGGCGCCAGACUGGUCCUCGGCGACCGCUCGCAGGAGCUCACGAUCAGGGCGCUCAGGGACGCGAUCACGCUGCCGGACAUCCUUCGCAUGAUUACCGGCGGGGGUUCGAUGCAGUGGAGGGACGUGGACCCACAGCUGGUGGAGAGGUUCAAACGUGUCGACUGGAACGACCCCGAGAGCGCCGUGGAGCUCCUCAAGACGCGCGAGGCGGUCAGGGCGCUGACGGGGCAGAUGCGGCGAGAGUUCCCGAGAGUCGCGAGCGCGAUGCUCGAUCAGCGCGACGAUCACAUGACGGACGGCCUGCUGAACAAGUGCAGCGGGCGGACGGUCGCGGUGGUGGGCAUGGCGCACAUGGACGGGAUAGAGUCCAGGUGGCGGGACGCGAUGGGCGGCGACGGAGGCGUCACCCUCAUAUCGUGA